AUGCUUGGUUCCGUUCGUCGAGGAAAUGUCCUCGCACGCACUCUACGAACGUGCAUUGCGCGCCCGAUUAGAAUCCAGUCAGGCAUCCAGCAAUCAAUAAACACUUUCCGGAUAUCUCAACAAACGUCUGUCCUCCCGACAAGAGCUUUCCAUGCAUAUCCGGCCCUCAGGUCUUCCCAAGCAGCCAGCGCCGUGAAGGAAGCCGAAGAACCACCAGCUGAGCUCACUCAGUUUUCCGAACUAGCUUCCAAUGGUUUGGUCAGCGACAAUAUCAUUCGCGUUCUCACCAAUAAGAUGAAUAUUACAACUAUGACAGAUGUACAGAGGAUGACGAUCAAUGCUACGCUAAAUGGUUCUGAUGUCCUCGCCCAAGCGAAAACUGGUACCGGAAAAACCCUUGCUUUCCUUCUUCCAGUUAUCCAAAAUAUCCUCAAAGAUCAGCACCUCGCCCAGCGCCCAAGGUUUUCUCGUAGCCAAACCGACGCAUCAGACAUCCGUGCCAUAAUCAUUUCCCCCACUCGUGAACUUGCCGAACAAAUUGCUGUCGAAGCAAGGAAACUCGUGUCAAAUACAAGCAUCAUUGUCCAAACAGCUGUGGGAGGGACAAAGAAGCGUGAAGGUUUGAUGCGGAUUCAGCGUGAUGGGUGCCAUAUCCUGGUUGGCACCCCUGGCCGCCUUAUCGACAUAUUCUCUGACCCAAACAGCGGUGUUGCUGCCCCGAAAUUGAGUGCGUUAGUUCUUGAUGAAGCGGAUCGUCUGCUUGAUAUUGGCUUCGCUCCUGACAUCCAAGAACUUCAAACCUAUCUUCCACAUCGCCGUGACGUUGACCGACAAACUCUUAUGUUUUCCGCUACUGUCCCGCGAGAGGUGAUGUCCAUGGUUCGCCAGACUAUGAAGCGCGACUUCGCUUUUGUCAAGACUGUCCAAGAGGAUGAAAUUCCGACUCACCUGACCGUUCCUCAAAAGGCCGUUUUCCUCCGAGGCAUGGAAAAUCAACUGCCAGCCAUUUUUGAACUAGCAAAACAGGGCAUCGAGAAACAUCGAAGCGAUCCUGCGAAUAAUAUGCCCUUCAAAGCGAUUGUCUAUUUCAAUUCUACCGCCGAGGUGACUUUGGCAAAGCAAGCCUUUGCAGCGAUGAGAUCAAGCGCCUCUUCGUUCUCUCACCCCCUGCCUGAUACUCAGUCCUAUGAAAUGCAUUCUCGCCUGACUCAAGACCAGAGGACAAGAUUUUCAAACAUGUUCCGUAGCUCCAAAUCUGCUAUUCUUUUCUCUUCCGAUGUUACCGCACGGGGAAUGGACUUCCCUGAUGUCACCCAUGUGAUCCAGAUAGGAAUCCCGCGGGAUAGGGAAACAUAUAUUCACCGCCUCGGACGGACAGCUCGCGCCAACAAGAAGGGAGAGGGCUGGCUCUUCACUUUGGAUCUUGACAGCGGCAAUCUAAGGCGAGCCCUUAGAGAUCUCCCAAUCCAAGUUGACGAUUCCAGUCUUCUCACUGCAGCAGCUGACAUGACCACGGACAUUGGCCACCCACCUUGGGUCUCCGAUAUAUUUUCCCAGGUGAAAAGCGGCUUCAAAACGGUUUCGAUCAAGGACAAAUCUGCAGCCUAUGCCGCAUAUUUGGGCGUAAUGAGCCAUAUUAGAGAUAAAUUCGAGGUUGUUCGCCUUAUCAACCAACUCUCGACUCAUGGCUGGGGUUUGCGGGAACCCCCUGCUUUCUCCGCAACGACAGCUUAUAAACUCGGGUAUAAGGGUGUCCCAGGUCUGAAUACCAAGAAUCCUUAUGAGAAUGAGGACGCUCGCGAAUCCUCUGGGUCUCGCGGUUCCUAUGGAUCUAUUAAUUCCUACGGCUCUCGUGGCUAUGGUUCUCGUGAUAAUUUUACUCCCCGAACGCCUUACGGCUCUCGUGGUUCCUCUGGCGGCCGUGGUAGUUCGUAUGGCAGCGGCACUCGAGGUUCUCGUGACUCUAAUUACAGAUCUGGGAGUGGGCGUGACUCUUUUAAUUCCAGAACAAACCGUGGUAAUCCGUUCGACUUCGACUUUUGAGUCAAUAACGAGUCCAGGCGUCCAGGGCAGAAAGCUGUUAUGAACACUCUAGUUUCCCGUUCAACGCUGCUCGCAUCACAUCCUGACGCAUUGAUUAAAAAUGCACGAUGCGUGACUUGGAUGCAUUCUGAAAUACAAUUAGCCAAACUUUCUUCAUUUUCUUUUCCCGCACUGGCGCAGAGUUUGGCGUCGGGCCAUUCCUCUUCCUCUCUCGCUCGCUACGAUCAUAGACAUGGGGCACGGCAUGUUUAUUUCCUGGUGUUCCUCCUUUUGUUCACGUUAAAGCUUAUCGGGAUUUUUCACUUUUGUCCUCCACGAUGGGGAAGACGUUUCCAUUUCCUUCUUCCAUUUUUAUACCGGUGUUAUAGGGGUUGAAAAGGUGUUGUUCGUCUUCUUUUCUCUAUCGACUGAGGGUGCCAUGUAUUUCCCAUUCUCAGAUUCAUUUCUUCAAUCUGUGUUAAUUACAUCUGUUACAACCGAUUUAUUUAUCCUAAAUCUCUUCUCCCCUUUUCUUCAUGACUGUAUAGUAGUGGUUCCUGCCUUGUGUAUCUUUUGUCCUUCUAACCACCCUUUGUCACUCCAUACCGCGUUUAUUUAACUCAUAAUUUUCUAUUCCUUUGUUAUCUGUGUUACCGAGGAAAAAAAAUCCUCUCGUUAUGAAAUUAAUCCUCUACUUUUAACU